GGUAGUGGACCAGUUAAAGUUACUGGAAGAAUCACUGGUUUGGCUGAUGGAGAUCAUGGCUUCCAUGUCCAUGAGUUUGGUGACAAUACAAAUGGCUGUACCAGUGCAGGUUCUCACUUCAAUCCUGAAGGCAAGCAGCAUGGUGGACCAACUGAUGCGGAAAGGCAUGUGGGAGACCUUGGCAAUGUGACUGCUAAAGGAGGAGUGGCAGAAGUGGACAUAGAAGAUCCCAUCAUUUCUCUUAGCGGACCACACUGCGUCAUUGGCCGUACCAUGGUGGUCCAUGAAAAACGUGAUGACCUGGGCAGAGGGGGAGAUAAUGAAAGCAAAUUAACUGGAAAUGCUGGCCCUCGUUUAGCUUGCGGUGUCAUUGGAAUAGCGAAGAGCUAAGCAUUGUAGUUGAAGUGUUUCAAGAUGACAGUGGUGAAUGGGCUGUAUUUCAUUGCAAAUGCUGUGCUUGCCUCUUCCUCGUGCAAGCAAAAGAUUUAUCUCUUAAUCUCAUUACUACUCUGCAUUCUGAGUAUCACUUAAACUGGUGAAGACUGACUUAAUUUUGUAUGAUGUGUAUUGCAAUUAAAGUGUCACUGUUGGAA